CUUUGCUCCUGUCGGUUGUGUACGCGCUCCGGAGCCUAACUGGGGCCGCCUCGAUAUUCUCCGAGUCUCCGAAUCAUUCUGGCAACGGGCCGUGCACACACCUGUGCGCUAUCACCCUCCACCGGAGAGUUAACGACUUGGCAAACGAUUGGCCGUAAUAGCAUUCAUUGAAUCCGAAAGAGCAAAUGUCGGGCAGGGCCUCAUGUCGUUCCCGUUGAGUGGCCAUAGCUGCAUUGGCUUUCGCCACUGAACACUCGCACUUACUGGUACUUUGUCGCGUACUCCGCCUCGUUCUCCUGUGGAUUCUGAUACUUACUAUGACGCUCUUACAAAGACUUACAACCACGGCAGCCAGCACGGCCAGGACAAUGCUAGAGGGGAGCUUCAGCAGCAGCAGUGCCAACAGCAGAACAAAGGAGUCACAGUUCCAGUUACAGUUACAGCCAUUCAACGUACCGAUGCCACUGCUGGAGGCUUCGGCAUCGCAUGCCCGAUAUUUGAAUUUCAUUGCCGACGGGCUGGUGGACGAGGGUGCUGGGAGUGCAGGAAGCGGCGGCAGCGGCAGCGGCAUCAGCAGCAGCUCGGUCACCAUCGAAGACGUUGUGUCUGGCCGAGGACAGGACAUGAAUGGCAGUGCCGGUGCCGGUGCCGUAGCCGACGACGAUGCCGAGGGCAGCACACAUCUGACAUUCGUCUUCGUCAAGUGUUUCAUUAUUGGUUUCAUCAUACUGGCCGCCAUCCUGGGCAACAUGCUGGUGAUUGUGUCCGUUAUGCGCCACCGGAAAUUGCGCAUCAUUACCAACUACUUUGUGGUUUCAUUGGCCGUGGCCGACAUGCUGGUGGCCCUCUGUGCGAUGACAUUUAAUGCCUCCGUUAUGAUCUCGGGCAAAUGGAUGUUCGGCUCCGUCAUGUGCGACAUGUGGAAUAGCUUUGAUGUCUACUUCUCCACGGCCAGCAUAAUGCACCUCUGCUGCAUAUCGGUGGACAGGUACUAUGCCAUCGUCCAGCCACUGGACUAUCCGCUCAUUAUGACGCAUCGGCGGGUUGGCUACAUGCUGCUGAUGGUCUGGCUCUCGCCAGCACUGCUCUCCUUUCUGCCCAUCUGCUCGGGCUGGUACACAACGAGCGAGAACUGGAAAUAUCUCAAGUCGAAUCCACAUAUAUGCGAAUUUAAAGUGAACAAGGCGUAUGCCAUUGUCAGUUCGUCGAUGAGCUUCUGGAUACCGGGAAUCGUGAUGCUGUCGAUGUACUACCGCAUUUACCAGGAGGCCGACCGGCAGGAGCGUCUCGUGUACAGGUCCAAAGUGGCGGCACUCCUGCUGGAGAAGCAUCUGCAGAUUAGCCAGAUACCCAAGCCCCGGCCGAGCAUUCAGGUGGAGCAAUCGACCAUAACGACGAUGCGGAGGGAGCGAAAGGCGGCCCGCACCCUGGGCAUCAUAAUGAGCGCCUUCCUCCUCUGCUGGCUGCCCUUCUUCCUCUGGUACAUCGUCUCCUCCCUCUGCGAAAGCUGCAUUACUCCGCGUAUCGUGGUGGGCAUUCUCUUUUGGAUCGGCUACUUCAACUCGGCAUUGAACCCCAUUAUCUAUGCAUAUUUCAAUCGCGAUUUCAGGGCUGCCUUCAAGAAGACGCUCAAGAGCUGCUGUUCGUUUGCGUUCAUCGAUUGUCGCCCCAGCCACUGGAGGGGUGGCGGGGAUCUCGACUUUGGCGCCCCCAGCAGGAGGGGAACCAACGGCGCCAGAGUGGGAUCGGGAUCGGCCGAAAUGCCCAACUGCAUAAACUCAACGGCCUCCUCGGAGAUACACAUGGGUGUGAUGCGAGCCAGACAGUACGCCGUCAAUGUGACACCCACCACGGAUGCCCAGCAGCAGUUGCAUCCUCUCUACACCAACUAAUCCCCAUCCCCCGUGGGAUGCUCCGCCAUACACACUACCCGUGCGUAGUUGUCUACAGGUGCACAGCUACGGCCAGAUUGAAAAAUUAAUCACAAAUUCCCCACACUGCAGCAGCAGGAAUUUCCAGAAUUUACACAAAAGCUACAACAAGAACAAAAAACGACAAUCCCACAGAUAAAGAGAGCCUUCAAAGGGUGCAGCCGCAAAACAAAAUGCACAAGGAAGAUGGCUUGAAAUACACAUAGAAAUAUUCGGACAGGAAUGCAGGAGCAAGGAAUUCCAUAGAAAACAUUCAGUUGACGUUUAGAGAGCGGUUUUUGGCCGAGAACACACAAGUUAAUAUAGAUGUAUGUAAAUUAUGAAUAUUGUAUGUUUGAUAUACGUAUAUGUAGAGCUAGCUGUUAACCCAUAGAACGAACCAGAAGCUACGGAAAAGGAAUGCAAUUACAGUGAAAAGACAAAGCAGAAAGUUUUCCUUAGAACUUGAAUUUAAUUUGAUUUAAUAUUUCUGAAAGAAAUGGUUUUACUUUUGAACCGUUUGGAAGUCCUUUUGGUUACACCUUGGUGGAAAAUAUUUGAAUGAUCUUGUUCAUAGAACUAAAACCAAAGAAACCUGCAUACUACAUACAUAUAUAGAUGGGUGUCAUAUACUACUACAUAUAUAUAACCAUAUACUAUAAUCAUACUUAAUACAUAUACGCGUAUAGAGAGCAUAGAGCAAACACACACAUAAUCAUAUCCAUUGGGUCUAUUAGCCACUCAGCUCUGCCGUUAGUAGUAGCUGCCGGACUUCAAGUCUCUCACAAUUGUUGUAUGUAGUGCAAAGCCACGUAAAUAACGAAUAUGUAUGAACUAUAGCUACCUUUACCUGCUGAUCCAACUGUCGAUACGAUUACAUAGCUAUACCUGCAAAGAUAUUGUAUUUAGAGGAAAUUGACAUUCAUAGAACAGUUUCGUAGACCCCUCCUAACCCCAAACAAGCUGUUGUUCUGUUGCCUAGACAAUCUUACUGAAAU